UGCCACCUGCAUUCUGAAUGCUUCUAGCAGCCUGGACCUAGGGUGAGAGUGGGACCACCGCCCUGGCCCCAGCCUGGGACACUCCUUGGAAGAGAAAGCAUUUGAAGACGAACCACAGCCAUGCUUGGCAGAGAAUUAUUCUUGACACUUUUGAUUCUUAGAAUUAAAAACAAUGCAGUAGAAUCUUGCCAUUUUCAAAACAACAUUAGUGCAGUAGAAGAGGAACCUUUUUAUCUGAAAUACUGCUUGUCUUCAUCUGCUCAUGGGAAUGAAGCAGCCACCAUAAAAUGGUCCAAAUUCAACGAAUCACUUGGAUGGGUAGAACUGAACCCCAGACCUUCUCCCAGAAUUACUUUGCAUGAUUAUGCUUUGGAGUUUUGGCCUGUGGAGUUAAAUGACCAAGGACGCUACCUUUUCCAAAUGGGAAAUUCUACUCAGGAAUGGGAAUUAAAGGUCACCAAAAGAAACAAACACAGCUGUUUUAGUGAAAAACAGGUGACCAGCAAAAGCGUGACAGUUAAAAAAUCUUUCCAGAUUAACUGUUCUAAAAAUUACUAUGAAAAGUGGAUCAACCGAACAUCAUUAUAUAAGAACUGUGAAAAGAUAGAGGAAAGCAGCAAAAAACUAUUGAUGGUGAAGAAUGCCAAGUUUGAGGACCAAGGGUACUACUCCUGUGUGUUUUCCCUUCUUCAUAAUGGAAAACUAUACAACCUCACUAGCACUUUCAAUAUUACUGUACUUGGAGAUCACACUAAAAGAAUUCCAGUUUACUUGGGACCAAAGUUUAACCGUGUUGAAGUUGAACUGGGAGAAAGUAUAGAACUCAACUGCUCUGCGUUGGCAAAUCAAAACGAUGCCGUUUAUUGGAAUUUCCAGAAAGAGAAUGAGACACAUGUUAAUGUACAUGAAAAGGAAGGAAAGGAAAUCUGGAUUUCAGAAGGCAAAGAAUAUGUUUCAAAAAUAUUGAAAAUCGAGAAAGUUAAUGAAAAAAAUAUAGGUUUCUUAUAUAACUGCACAGUAGGCGAUACAGUAAGCAUGGACACCCAGAGUUUCAUCUUGGUGAGGAAAGGAACAACUGAUAUCCCAAACCAUGUCUUCACAAGAGGAAUGAUCAUAUCAAUUUUGAUCUCAGUGGCAGUAGUGUGCCUAGUGAUUUUGUGUGUCAUUUUUAGAGUCGACUUGGUUCUGUUCUAUAGACAUUUAGUGGGAAGAAAUGAAACCUUAACAGAUGGAAAGACAUAUGAUGCUUUUGUGUCAUACCUGAAAGAGUGUCACUCGGAGAGUGGAGAAGAGUAUACUUUUGCUGUGGAGACCUUGCCCAAGGUGUUGGAGAAACAUUUUGGAUAUAAGUUAUGCAUAUUUGAAAGGGAUGUGGUGCCUGGAGGAGCUGUUGUGGAUGAAAUCCAUUCACUGAUAGAGAAAAGUCGGAGAAUAAUCAUUGUGCUAAGUAAAAGUUACAUGUCAAAUGAAGUCAUAUAUGAACUUAAGAGUGGACUCCACAAAGCACUGGUGGAAAGAAAGGUUAAAAUAAUCUUAAUUCAGUUUUCCCCAGUGAGUGACUUUGUGUUUUUGCCUCAGUCCUUAAAGCUUUUGAAGUCACACAGAGUUCUGAAGUGGAAGGCUGAUGAGCCUCUUUCUUACAACUCAAGGUUCUGGAAAAAUCUUGUGUACUUGAUGCCUGCAAAAGUCACCAAGCCAGGUCAAGAAGAAUCAGAAGACUUGCCUGUUCUUUCUGUACCUUGAUGCUCAGAAAAGGUCAAUGUCAGAAAGAACGCUGCCCCAUCUGGAGACUCAGUGUGGGGACCUGCAUAUAGCAAGAGCUGUUCUUUCAAACUCUGUGAAAAUCCUACUUGAAGUGUGAAGAUGAAAUGUAUCCUUAGGCCUUCAGGAGUGAGACUACACUUGCAGCUGCUGUCACUGCCUCCCAGAAGACUUUGGAAUUCAAGGAAGUGGACCUCUUCUUCCUCUCCUUUCCAGAGCCACCUACAGAACUGUGCACCUACACACCAGUCCUGUGCUCAGGGAGAGGCUGGGCAAACAGACUUCUGCUUUACAA